UGGGCUAGCUCCAGCACCAUGGCUUUCUCCUGGCAGGCAGUGCUGGCCUGCAGGAAAUACCUCAUCAUCGUCUUGGUGCCCCUGGUCUUUCUCCCUCUGCCUCUGGUUCUGCCUACCAAGGAGGCACUGUGUGGCUAUGUGAUCAUAGUGAUGGCACUUUUCUGGUGCACAGAAGCCCUGCCUUUGGCUGUCACAGCUCUCCUGCCUGUCCUGCUGUUCCCACUAAUGAAUAUCAUGGAUUCAACAACAGUGUGUCGGGAGUACCUGAAGGACACCAACAUGCUGUUCCUGGGGGGGCUGAUGAUGGCCAUUGCCAUCGAGAACUGGAACCUGCACAAGCGAGUGGCUCUGAGGGUCCUGCUCAUCACAGGUGUCAGGCCAGCCCUGCUCCUGAUGGGUUUCAUGGUCGUGACAGCCUUCCUGUCCAUGUGGAUCAGCAACACAGCCACCACUGCCAUGAUGGUCCCCAUAGCACAGGCAGUGAUGGAGCAGCUGCACAAGUCAGAAAUUGAGUCUGGCACCACUGGCCAAGGGUCUGAGCACACCAACAAAGCCUUUGAGCUGCAGGAGAAGUCACCUGACAGCUUCAAAGAACCAGAGGAAAAAGGUAAUUCUCAUGUCCUGACAGUGGAGGAAGAGAGUAAGAGAGCUGAAGAGAUUGAGAAGAAACAUUUGAAUCUCUCCAAGGGAAUGUCCCUCUGCAUUUGUUACUCAUCCAGCAUCGGAGGGAUCGCCACUCUGACCGGGACAACACCAAACCUCGUGCUGCAAGGACAAGUUAAUGACCUCUUUGAAGACAACGGUGGCAUCAUCAACUUUGCCUCCUGGUUCUCCUUUGCCUUCCCCACCAUGGUGCUGCUGCUGAUUUUGGCGUGGAUUUGGCUGCAGAUCCUGUACUUGGGCUUCAAUUUUAAGAAGAAUUUUGGUUGUGGUGCCAGUCCUGCUGCCAAGGCUAAGGAGAAACAGGCCUAUGAAACCAUCAAGGAAGAGAGCAAGAAGCUGGGCAAAAUGAAAUUUGCAGAAAUAGAAGUUUCAAUCCUCUUUGUUCUCCUGGUGCUGCUGUGGUUUACAAGAGAACCUGGAUUCAUCCCAGGCUGGGCAACUGUUCUCUUCAACCAAGAAAACACAAGCUAUGUCACCGAUGCUACGGUCGCCCUCUUCAUCUCCAUUUUGCUCUUCAUCCUCCCUUCUGGCUUUUCCCACCAGGACAGAGAUGAAGAGCAAACAGAGGGCAGAGCAAAGUUCCGGGCUCCCCCAGCCCUCCUGGACUGGAGAAGCGUUCAGGAGAAGAUGCCGUGGAACAUCGUGUUCCUGCUGGGAGGUGGCUUUGCCUUGGCCAAAGGCAGUGAGGAAUCUGGUCUGUCUGAGUGGUUGGGCACGCAGCUGACGCCUCUGCAGAGCAUCCCUCACCCAGCCAUCGCCUUCCUGCUGUGCCUCCUCAUCGCCACCUUCACCGAGUGCACCAGCAACGUGGCCACCACCACCCUCUUCCUCCCCAUUCUGGCUUCAAUGGCUGAAGCAAUUUGCCUCAACCCUCUCUAUGUCAUGCUGCCCUGCACACUCUCUGCAUCGCUGGCCUUCAUGCUCCCCGUGGCAACUCCUCCCAAUGCCAUUGUCUUUUCCUAUGGACAGCUCAGGGUUAUUGAUAUGGCCAAAGCUGGGUUUGUACUCAACAUUCUGGGAGUUCUGACCAUCACUCUGGCCAUCAACACCUGGGCUUCAUCCUUGUUCCAGCUGCAAACCUUCCCAUCGUGGGCAAACAAGACUGGGACCUGUCUGUGA